AUGGUGAGCCAAAAAGUGUUGCUCACGGCGCUAUGCCUCUUUACCCAACUCGCAUUUACUCUGCCUCUUGAGUCCGAUGGCAAUACCGAGGAUCUAGAGAUUGUCAACGAUCCCAGUGUUUAUGGUCGUGCUGCGGUAGAGGCAGACUAUCUCAAGCCUUUAGUCGCUAGGGUGGAAAAGCCCAAACCUGUAGAUAAAACCACAGUAGACCCAAAGAAGCCAAAGGGAAAACCGGCAGAUGAUGAAGACGCUGCAGUGGACGACACGGAGGAGGAGCCCGUAGACGACACAGAGGUGGCGGAUGACGAAGUGGACCCGGCAGACAAAAAAGGAGGUAAAAAAGACAAAACUCCAAAGAAGGGGGCAGAAGAUGAAGAGAAGGAGAUUGUCGAUGACGAUAAGACCGAGGUAGGCGAGGAUGAAGACUUCGCAGAUGAUAAGACCGAGGUAGGUGAGGAUGAGGAGGUCGAUACAUCAUUGGAUGAAGAAGAAGAAACCCUGCCAGAAGACGAAAAGCCCACACCUACCGACGAAGACACCACUACCACAGACGAAGACACCACGACUACAGACAAGGAUAAGAAGAAGGACAAGAAGAAGAAGGAUAAGAAGAAGAAGAAGGGGGGGUUCUUGGGCGGGCUGUUCGGCAAGGAUAAGAACAAGAAGCCAACAGACCCACCGAAGGACAAGAAGAAGAAGGGUAAGCUUGGAGGUUUAUUCGGUCGAGAUUUCGAUGAUCUUCAACCUGUCCACGCUUAG